UGAUGUCAUCAAUAGAAGAUCUCCCAACAGUGGGAGAUGUAGCCGCAACACGACAUCAAAUGGGAUUAUGGUCAUGUAUGAGCUAUGUUAUCGCAAACAUCAUCGGCGCUGGAAUUUUCAUCACACCUGGAACAGUUCUCAAAUUAGCCCUAACAAAUGGCAUGGCACUUGUCGUGUGGCUCGGCUGUGGUCUGAUCUCCCUGAUUGGCGGAAUUUGUUAUAUUGAGCUAGGCACGUCGAUUCGAGAUCCCGGAUGUGAUUUUGCAUAUAAUGUUUACGUCGGCUGGGAAGGAAUCGCGUUCUCGUUCAUGUGGGUCGGCGUCAUCAUGUCAUUUCCAGCGUCGGCGGCAGUUCAAGCUCAAACUUUUGGACAAUAUAUUGUAGCCGGAUUGUCCCCCAUCUGGCACCUCGGUUCUCCAUAUGACGUCAUUCUUGAAAGAGGACUCGGAUUUGCACUUAUUAUUAUUCUCACCGUUCUCAACCUCUAUGCAAUUGACAAGUACGCGUCGAAAUUUCAAAUUUUUGUCACAAUUGCGAAGCUAUUGUCACUUGCUAUUAUUAUUGUCACCGGAUUUUGGUAUUUAAUAGUGAAGGGAGAAACCGAGCAUUUUAAAGACGCAUUCACACCUCUUCCCAACGAAAAAUAUGAUAUUGGACAAAUUUCCUUGGCAUUUUACGGAGCACUCUGGAGUUUUGCCGGAUGGGAUAUUCUCAACUAUGGAACACCGGAAAUUAAGAAUCCGAGAAGAACGAUGCCAAUCGCCCUGCUCGGCGGUAUUUCGGCGGUCACUCUCGUGUAUAUGGCGAUGAAUGUCUCCUAUAUGACCGUCUUGGAUACUGAAACACUCAAAAAUAGCUCAGCUGUGGCCGCCGAUUUCGCCCGGAUCACGCUCGGCGACUUUUCCUACGCAAUUCCGUUUAUGAUUUCGAUUUUGCUCAUUGGAACUCUUAAUAGCAAUAUUUUUUGCGGUUCUAGAUUUACACACGCAGCAGCCCGUGAAGGACAUUUGCCCACAUUUCUCUCGUGUAUUAAUGCAGAAUCGAAUAGUCCACGUGCCGCACUACUUUUCCAACUGAUUUGCACAAUCGCCGUCACUUUUGUCGAUACUGAGAGCCUAAUCACCUACGUAACAUUUGUAAUGUUCGGCCAACGCGUGUUCACAAUGGCGGCACUAUUGUGGAUCAGAUAUCGAAAUAUUCCCGUACAUCCCGACGCAAUCCGGGUUCCACUCAUCUUUUCGAUUCUUUUUUUCAUGAUUACCAUCGCUCUUGUCGUCACCCCGUUUAUCGAGGAUUUUACGACCACAAUCGUCGGCGUCGGACUGGUUUUGAUGGGUUUCCUGUUGUAUAUGAUUUUUAUGAAACCGAAGCAGCUUCCCGGAUUUCUUUACAGAUUUAAUGACGGUAUAACACGUGUCACGUGUAAAAUCCUAUUCACAACGCCCGACUUGAAGCACGCAUCGGAAAUUGAAACGCUGAAAUCCGACGGUGAGCUUAACCGUGGAGAGACUCUUUCAUCACGAUUUCAUAAUGAAUCUGUCGUUUCAAACGACGAACGUACAACACUCUCGACAUCACAAAUCGACACUGCCGCCGCCGGCACCGCCGAGCCAAUGACUCGUCUGUAAUUUUAUUGAUUUUCCAUGAUUUUUUUUUCUCACCUCACCCCACUCGUGUUUACCGUAAUUUUAUUGAUUUUUUCUUCACCCCACCUAAUUCACCAGCUUUACCAAUUUUCCUCGUUUCUGUUAAUUUCCCAGAAAAUCGAUGAUUUCUGGGAAAAUCGAUAAUUUACCGGAAAAUCGAUAUUUUCAUCAAAAAUUCGAUAAUUCCAAAAAAUUCGAUAAUUUAUCGGAAAAAUCGAUAAAUUAUCGAUUUUUCAUCCCAAAACCAUUCCCCUCAUCAUCAUGAUUUGUUCAGUUCUUUCCAUAAUAUCUCUCUCUCUCACACAACACAUUUCAAGCACAAAAAAUGCACAUUUUGUUGAAUUUUUUUUACAUUGUUUUUUCAUUUUCCUCCAAGUAAACCCAUUUUAUUUUAAAAUUUACAUUUAAAAAUCAUCACAAUAAAAAUAAUUUAAAACGAAA